AUGGCUCAUUUAGCUGAAAACCUCAAGGAAGAGCUGACCUGCUCUUUGUGCAUGGACUAUUUCAAUCACCCAGUAACCUUGGGCUGUGGCCACAGCUUUUGCCACCACUGCCUCCUCAGGAACUGGGGAGAAGUUGACCAACCCUGCCCUUGUCCUGAGUGCAAAAGACCCUUCCAUUUGAGAGACCUGGAGUGCAAUCACUCUCUCGAAAAUUUGUCCAGCAUGGCCAGACAAGUGGAACCCUACUUGCUGAAGAUUAAAGAGGAAAUCAUGAAAUGUGACAGGCAUGAGACAGAGCAAAACCUGUUCUGUGAGGAGGACCAAGUCCUGCUCUGUGAAGUUUGCUUUCAAACCCCAGAACACAGCAGACAUACAAUAUGGCCUAUACAAAAGGCUGGAGAGGAUGCUAGGGACAAGCUCCAAAAGACUUUGGAUUUUUGCUGGAUACAAAUGGAGACAGUUCAGAAGAUGCUGACUGAAGAGAGGAAGAAAGAGGAUAGUUGGAAGGAAAAGAGCCAUGCCUACAGAGAGAGUCUGACAGCCGAAUACAAAAGAUUCCAUGAUUUGCUACAGCAAGAAGAAGAGGGUCAUCUUGAAAUGCUGGCCAGGCAUGAAAUUGACUACCUGAAGAGUAUAAGAGAAAGUGAGGCCAGACUCUCCAAGCAGCUUCAAAGCUUGAGAGAGGUGGUCACAGAUGUUGAGAAAAAUUGCCAGAAAACCAACGUCCAGAUACUACAGGUGGUAGGAGAUACACUGAAAAGGUCUGAGUCACUCUUGGGUCAUGUUCCAGACACUGUCAGCACUCCAAGGAUCUCCUUUCAUUAUACUUUGAUGUGUGAAAUACUGACAUACUUCAAAGUGGAUGUGACCCUGGAUAUUGAAAGUGCCUGUCCAUAUCUCAUUGUCUUUGAGGAUCUGAAAACUGUUGUACAUGGAGGCUACCAGCAGGCUGUAACUUUUACACCUGAUCGAUUUAAAGAGAGUAUCAUUUUGGGAAGUCAGAUCUUCAUAUCUGGAACACACUACUGGGAGGUUGAUGUAGGAGACAGGGAGCAUAUGUCCUCAUGUUGCCAACCCUUUGAGAAGAUAAAUGGAAUCCCUGACCGAAAGCUGAAGAGAGGAGAAACAGUGAAGCAUGUCACCAACAGCCUACUCAACCUUAAAUCAGCCUACCCUGAACCUGGAACCUGGAGAUGGGGUCUAUUGGAAAAAGCACCUAUGGAGGGAUUCCCUACAACCCAGAAUGGAAAGUGUUAUCAACUACUCACAGACACAACCCCACUGCAUAUUGGCAGGGAAGCUUUGACCUGCUCCAUUUCUGCCCUGGGCCAAUGCACCCCACCACAGGCAACCUCACGUGCCCAGUCUCCCAAGGACUCACCAAAUGGAUGA